AUGAGGCUGCAGCUUCUGAUGGCUGUGCUCUGCGCCGGGAUCCUGACAGAGGUGCCCCGAGUUUGGGCCCAGCCCAGGGAGAGAGUGACCUGCACGCGCCUUUAUGCUGCCGACAUCGUGUUCUUACUUGACGGUUCUUCAUCCAUUGGCCGCAAUAACUUCCGUGAAGUCCGGGGCUUCCUGGAGGGGCUCAUGCUGCCUUUCUCUGGGGCAGCCAGUGCCCAGGGCGUACGCUUUGCUACAGUGCAGUACAGUGAUGAUCCACAGACAGAAUUUGGCCUAGAUGCUCUUAGCUCGGGGAGCGAUGCAAUCCGUGCCAUCCGGGAGCUCAGCUACAAGGGAGGCAACACCCGCACAGGGGCUGCACUUCUCCACGUAGCUGACCAUGUCUUCUUGCCCCAUCUGGACCGGCCUGGCAUUCCCAAGGUCUGCAUCCUGAUCACCGAUGGAAAGUCCCAGGACUUGGUGGACACAGCUGCCCAGAAGCUCAAGGGGCAGGGGGUCAAGCUAUUUGCUGUGGGAAUCAAGAAUGCGGACCCUGAGGAGCUCAAGCGGGUGGCUUCACAGCCCACCAGCGAUUUCUUCUUCUUCGUCAAUGACUUUAGCAUUUUGAGAACACUCUUACCUCUCAUUUCCCGGAGAGUGUGUACUACGGCUGGUGGCGUGCCUGUGACCCUGCCUCCUGAUGACUCCACCUCUGGCCCCCGAGAUCUGGUGCUGUCUGAGCCAACCAGUCAAUCCUUGAGAGUACAGUGGACAGCGGCUAGUGGCCCAGUGACAGGCUACAAAAUUGAGUAUACUCCUCUGACUGGGUUGGGCCAGCCACUGCCAAGCGAGAGGCGGGAGGUGAAUGUCCCAGCUGGUGAGACCAGCACGCAACUACAAGGUCUCCGGCCACUGACCGAGUAUCAGGUGACGGUGUCUGCCCUCUAUGCUAACAGCAUCGGGGAGGCCGUGAGAGGGACAGCUCGCACCACUGCCACAGAAGGCCUAGAGUUGGCCAUCCAGAAUACCACAGCCCACAGCCUCCUGGUAGCUUGGCGGAGAGUGCCAGGUGCCACUGGCUACCGUGUGACGUGGCGGGCCCUUGGAGGUGGGCCAACCCUGCGGCAGGAACUGGGCCCUGGACACGGGUCAACAUUGCUGCGUGAUCUGAGGCCUGGUACGGACUAUGAGGUGACUGUGAGCCCCUUCUUUGGCCAUAGGAUGGGACCUGCCACUUCCGUGACUGCUCGCACGGACUCUUCUGUGGAGCAGAUCCUACGUCCCACCAUUUUGGGCCCCACAUCCAUCCUGCUUUCCUGGAACUUGGUGCCUGAGGCCCGUGGCUACCGGCUGGAGUGGCGUCGUGAGAGCGGCUUAGAGCCACCACAGAAGGUAAUGCUGCCUUCUGAUGUGACCCGUUACCAGCUGGAUGGACUACAGCCAGGCACUGAGUACCGCCUCACGCUCUACACUCUGUUGGAGGGUCGAGAAGUGGCCACGCCUGCAGCCGUGGUCCCCACUGGGCCAGAGCAGCCUGUAAGUGUCGUGAUGGAUUUACAAGCAGUUGAACUGCCCGGACAACGGGUACGCGUGACCUGGAACCCCGUCCCCGGUGCCUCUGAAUACCGCAUCACUGUGCGAGGGACUCAGGGGGUUGAGCGGACACUGGUGCUUCCUGGGAGUCAGACAGCCUUUGACUUAGACGAUGUUCGACCUGGCCUUACCUACACCGUGCGUGUGUCUGCUCGUGUGGGUAACCGGGAGGGAGGUGCAAGUGUCCUCACGAUCCGCCGAGAGCCAGAACCCCCACUUGCUGUCCCAGGACUGCGGGUUGUAGCCUCAGAUGCGACGAGAAUAAGGGUCACCUGGGGGCCUGUUCCUGGAGCCAGUGGAUUUCGGAUCAGCUGGAGGACAGGCAGUGCUCCAGAGUCCAGCCGGACUGUGCCUCCAGAUUCUAGUGCUACAGACAUCCUGGAGCUGCAGCCUGGAACCUCCUACCAGGUGUCCGUGUCUGCACUUCGAGGAAGAGAAGAGGGCCCUCCUGCGGUUAUCGUGGCUCAAACUGAUGCACUGGGCCCAGUGAGGACAGUCCAUGUUACUCAGACUGGCAGCUCAUCAAUUGCCAUUGCCUGGACCAGGGUUCCUGGUGCCACAGGAUACAGAGUUUCCUGGCGCUCAGGCCAAGAUCCAGAGAAAUCUCAGUUGGUUUCUGGGGAGGCCACAGAAGCUCAGCUGGAUGGGCUGGAGCCAGAUACUGAGUACACAGUCCACGUGAGGGCCCAUGUGGCUGGCAUAGAUGGAGCCCCUGCCUCUGUGGUUGUGAGGACCACCCCCGAGCCUGUGGGCAGUGUGUCAAGACUACAGAUACUCAAUGCUUCCAGCGAUGUUCUGCGAGUCACCUGGGUAGGGGUCACUGGUGCCACAGCUUAUAGAUUGGCUUGGGGCCGGAGCGAAGGUGGUCCCACGAGACAACAGAUACUCCCGGGAAACACCGAGUCUGCGGAGAUCCGCGGUCUGGAAGGUGGAGUCAGCUAUUCUGUGCGCGUGACCGCGCUUGUGGGAGACCGCGAGGGCGCACCUGUCUCCAUUGUGGUCACCACACCGCCCGAGGCUCCCACACCCCUGGCGGCGACGCUGCAGGUUGUGCGGCGCGGGGAACACUCGCUGAGCCUGCGCUGGGAGCGGGUUCCUGGAGCGCACGGCUACCAUCUGCGUUGGCGAACGGAGGGUGGCCAGGAACAAUCCAGGGUCCUGGGACCUGAGUUCAGCAGCUAUGACCUGGAUGGGCUGGAGCCAGCGACAUUGUACCAUGUGCAGCUGAGCGUCCUGGGACCCACUGGAGAAGGGCCCCCCAGGGAAGUGACUGCACACACUGAGUCUCCUCGUGCUCCAAGCACGGAACUCCACGUGAUAGACACUUCCAUCAACUCAGUGACCCUCGCAUGGACCCCAGUACCUGGAGCAUUGGGCUAUAUCCUAUCCUGGCGGCCACUCGCAAGCACCAGCCAGGUACCCGGAGAUUCACAGACACUUCCAGGGACCUAUAGCUCCCAGCGGGUGACAGGCCUGGAACCUGGUGUCUCCUAUGUCUUCUCUCUGAUACCUGUCCAGAGGGGUGGACAGGGUCCUGAGGCCUUGGUCACACAGAACCCAGCGUGUCCUGGAGGUCUAGUGGACGUGGUGUUUCUACUGCACACCACUCAAGACAAUGCUCAUCGAGCAGAGGCUGUGAAGCGGGGUCUGGAGCGGCUGGUGUCUGCACUUGGGCCUCUCGGGCCACAGGCUGCCCAGGUUGGCUUGCUGUCCUAUAGCCAUCGGCCCUCCCUGCUGUUCCCAUUGAAUAGUUCCCAUGAUCUUGGCACCAUCUUGCAGAAGAUCCGGGACAUUCCCUAUUUGGACCCAAGUGGAAACAACUUAGGCGCGGCGGUGAUCAUGGCUCACAAGUAUCUCCUGGCACCCGAUGCUCCAGGACGCCGUCAGCAAGUACCCGGGGUGAUGGUUCUGGUGGUGGACGAACCAUUGAGAGGUGACAUAUUCAGCCCAAUCCAAGAGGCUCAGGCUGCUGGGUUCAGGGUGAUCAUCUUGGGUUUGGCUGGAGCUGAUCAGGAGCAGUUGCGUCGCUUGGUGUCAGGCGUGGACCCUGUCCAGCACUUCUUGGCGGUGGAUGACGGGCCAAGCCUAGGCCGGGCAGUCAGUGAUUUGGCAGGAGUGCUGUGUCAGGCAGCCAUGACAACUCAGCCACCUCCAGAGCCUUGCUCCGUGCAUUGCCCAAAGGGCCAAAAGGGGGAGCCUGGAGUAACGGGCCGGAAUGGACAAGCUGGGCCUCCAGGACCUCCCGGCCUCCCAGGAAGGACUGGUCCCCCAGGCCCCCCCGGUCCUACCAUCCAAAAAGGCGAGAGGGGUUUCCCUGGAGCAGAUGGACCUCCAGGCAGCCCUGGUCUCCCUGGGACUCCCGGCAUAAAGGGCUCCCCAGGGUGGCCUGGUCCUCCUGGGGAACCGGGAGACCGAGGGCCCCGAGGCCCUAAGGGGGAACCGGGAGAGCCUGGGAAAAUCGUCACGGGUGAUGGGCCAGGGAUUCCUGGCAAAAAAGGAGACCCGGGACCUUCGGGGCCCCCUGGACCUCGUGGCCCUUUGGGAGACCCAGGACCUCGUGGUCCCCCAGGGCUUCCUGGAACAGCUAUGAAGGGUGACAAAGGUGAUCGUGGAGAACGGGGACCCCCUGGACCAGCGGUUGAUGGAACUGCAGAUGGGGAACCCGGGCUGCCAGGCCUCCCCGGAAGUCCUGGACCCCAAGGCCCAGUUGGAGAGAAAGGAGAGAAGGGUGACUGUGAGGAUGGAGCCCCAGGGGUCCCAGGACAACCCGGAACUCCGGGUGAGCCGGGCCUUCGGGGACUUCCUGGAGUUGCUGGCCCCAAAGGCGACCGAGGUUUGAAGGGCAGCCCUGGUGAGAUUGGAGAAAAAGGUGAACGGGGACUCCCUGGCCCGGUGGGACCCCAGGGACCAGUAGGAAUUGCUGGACGCCCUGGAGCUGAGGGUCCUGAGGGCCCGCCAGGACCUACUGGCCGCAGAGGAGAGAAGGGAGAGCCUGGUCGCCCCGGGGACCCAGCAGUGGUGGGUCCUGGUGGUGCUGGAGCUAAAGGAGAAAAGGGAGAUGUGGGGCCUGCUGGACCUAGAGGAGUUGCUGGAAUCAAAGGGGAACAGGGCCCACCUGGGUUAGCUCUUCCUGGAGACCCUGGCCCUAAGGGAGACCCUGGAGCCCGGGGUCCCAUUGGCCUCACUGGCAGAGCGGGAAUUCCGGGUGACUCAGGGGCUCCUGGAGAGAAGGGAGACCCCGGGCGGCCUGGCUCUCCAGGACCUGUUGGCCCCCGAGGACGUGAUGGUGAAGCUGGAGAGAAAGGUGAUGAAGGUCCUCCGGGUGAGCCAGGUUUGCCUGGGAAAGCCGGCGAGAGAGGCCUUCGGGGGCUGCCUGGAGUCCGGGGGCCGGUGGGUGAGAAGGGAGACCAGGGAGAUCCUGGAGAGGAUGGACGAAACGGCAGCCCUGGACCUUCUGGACCCAAGGGUGAUCGUGGGGAGCCGGGUCUCCCGGGUCCCCCUGGGCGUCUGGUGGACACGGGACCCGGAGCCAGAGAGAAGGGAGAGCCUGGAGACCGUGGACAAGAGGGUCCUCGAGGACCCAAGGGUGACCCUGGUCCCCCCGGAGCCUCUGGAGAGAGGGGCAGCGAUGGGCUCCGGGGACCCCCAGGCCCACAGGGAGACCCAGGUGUUCGAGGCCCAGCAGGAGAAAAGGGUGAACGAGGCCCCCCUGGUCUGGAUGGCCGCAGUGGGCUGGAUGGAAAACCAGGAGCCCCUGGCCCCCCUGGACUUAACGGUGCUGCGGGUAAAGCUGGGGAGCCAGGGAGAGACGGGUUCCCUGGCCUACGAGGAGAACAUGGGCCCCCUGGUCCCCCUGGUCCCACUGGAGCACCGGGAAAGGCAGGAGAAGAUGGCAAACCUGGCCUGAAUGGAAAAAAUGGAGAACCUGGAGACCCCGGAGAAGACGGGAGAAAGGGAGAGAAGGGAGAUGCAGGUGCCCCUGGGAGAGAAGGUCACGAAGGCCCCAAAGGAGAGCGUGGAGCGCCCGGUAGCCCUGGACUCCAGGGCCCUCCGGGUGUCCCGGGACAGGUUGGCCCUCCCGGCCAGGGCUUUCCCGGUGUCCCAGGAAACAUAGGUCCCAAGGGUGACCGUGGCGAGACUGGAUCCAAAGGGGAACAGGGCCUUCGUGGGGAACGCGGUCUUAGAGGAGAACCUGGGAGCGUGGCGAAUGUAGAGCGGUGGCUGGAAACAGUUGGCAUCAAGGCCUCUGCUCUGAGGGAGAUAGUGGAGACCUGGGAUGAGAGUUCUGGAAGUUUCCUGCCUGUACCUGAACGACACCGUGGUCCCAAGGGAAACCCAGGCGAGCCGGGUCUGCCAGGCAAAGAUGGCUCCAUUGGUUUUCCUGGUGAACGGGGGCUGAAGGGCGAUCAGGGAGCCCCUGGCCCCCAGGGGCCUCCUGGCCUGGCUUUUGGAGAGAGGGGACCCCCAGGACCUCCCGGCCUUGCUGGGGAACCCGGAAAGCCUGGCAUUCCUGGGCUCCCUGGCCAGGCUGGGACUACAGGAGAGGCAGGAAGGCCAGGAGAAAGGGGAGAACGAGGAGAGAAGGGAGAACGAGGAGAACAGGGCAGAGAUGGCCUUCCUGGCCCCCCGGGUCUACCUGGUCCUCCUGGCCCCAAGGUGGCCACGGAUGAGGCAGAUCCUGGACUCUUGGGAAAACAAGGACCCCCUGGACCCAAGGGUGCUAAGGGGGAUCCCGGCAGCGAUGGUGACCGAGGCACCAAAGGAGACAGCGGCAUGCCGGGCAUCAAGGGAGACCAAGGCGAGCCUGGACAGAGAGGUCUCAACGGCAGCCCGGGCUUACCAGGAGAACGUGGUAUAGCUGGGCCUGAAGGGAAACAGGGUCUGCAGGGCCCGAGGGGCGCCCCCGGCCCAGCGGGUGGGCAUGGAGACCCUGGACCGCCGGGUGCCCCGGGUCUUGCCGGUCCUGCAGGACCCCAGGGACCUUCUGGCCUGAAGGGGGAGCCUGGAGAGACGGGACCCCCAGGCCGGGGCCUUCCUGGACCUACUGGAGCUGUGGGACUGCCUGGUCCCCCAGGUCCCCCAGGCCUCGUGGGUCCUCAGGGGUCACCAGGUUUGCCUGGACAAGUGGGGGAGACUGGGAAGCCAGGAGCCCCAGGUCGCGACGGGACCAGUGGAAAGGAUGGAGACAGAGGAAGCCCCGGGGUGCCGGGAUCUCCAGGUCUACCAGGCCCCGUUGGACCUAAAGGAGAACCUGGACCCAUAGGGGCCCCUGGACAGGCAGUGGUUGGACUUCCUGGAGCAAAAGGAGAGAAGGGAGCCCCGGGAGACCUUGCUGGAGACCUACUGGGGGAGCCGGGGGCCAAAGGAGACCGGGGACUGCCAGGGCCAAGGGGCGAGAAGGGUGAAGCUGGCCGGGCAGGAGAGCCGGGAGACCCCGGGGAAGACGGUCAAAAAGGGGCUCCCGGACUUAAAGGUCACAAGGGUGACCCAGGAGUUGGGAUCCAAGGUCCCCCUGGAUUAUCUGGUCCUCCAGGUAUGAAGGGAGACCCAGGCCCUCCCGGCCCUCCGGGAGCUCCUGGUAUUGUCGGCUUCCCUGGUCAGACAGGUCCUCGAGGAGAAACGGGCCAGCCGGGCCCCGUUGGCGAGCGGGGCCUGGCAGGCCCUCCGGGGAGAGAAGGCCCCCCAGGUUCUUUGGGGCCAUCUGGACCACCAGGAUCAGUGGGAGCCCCUGGGGUCUCUGGACUCAAAGGAGACAAGGGAGACCCCGGAGUGGGGCCGCCUGGGCCCCGAGGGGAGCGUGGAGAGCCAGGCAUCCGGGGUGAAGAUGGCCACCCAGGACAAGAAGGACCCCGCGGACUCACGGGACCACCCGGCAGCCGGGGUGAUCGAGGGGAGAAGGGUGAUGCUGGCGUGGCAGGGCUGAAGGGUGACAAGGGUGACUCGGCUGUGAUCGUGGGGCCUCCGGGAAUUCCGGGUGCCAAAGGGGACACGGGUGAACGAGGACCUCGGGGCAUAGAUGGUGACAAAGGAUCUCGGGGUGAUGUCGGGGACCCUGGUGACAAGGGCACCAAAGGAGAACCUGGCAACAAGGGCUCGGCUGGACCAGUGGGAGCUCGUGGAUUCAUGGGACCCAAGGGGGAGCCUGGUGCUACAGGAAUCCCUGGUGACCCGGGAGCCCCAGGAAAGGACGGAGCCCCCGGUUUCCGAGGAGACAAAGGAGACCCUGGCUUCAUGGGUCCCCGGGGCUUCAAGGGUGAGCGGGGAGUAAAGGGAGCCUGCGGCCUUGAUGGAGAAAAGGGAGACAAGGGAGAAGCUGGUCUCCCGGGCCGGCCUGGGCUGGCAGGACGGAAAGGAGAGUUGGGGGAGCCUGGUGUGCCAGGCCAAUCCGGGGCUCCUGGCAAGGAAGGCUUGAUGGGUCCCAAGGGUGACCGAGGCUUUGAUGGGCUACUGGGCCCCAAAGGUGACCAGGGCGAAAAAGGGGAGCGGGGGCCCCCAGGAAUUGGGGGUUUUCCAGGACCCAAAGGCAGUGAUGGUUCUAGUGGUCCCCCAGGGCCCCCUGGGAGUAUUGGUCCCAAAGGGCCCGAAGGACUUCAGGGCCAGAAGGGUGAGCGAGGGCCCCCUGGGGAGAGUGUGAUGGGGUCCCCUGGAGCUCCUGGGACCCCCGGUGAGAGAGGGGAGCAGGGACGGCCAGGGCCCACUGGGCCCCGUGGCGAGAAGGGAGAGGCCGCACUGACGGAGGAUGACAUCCGGGGCUUUGUGCGUCAGGAGAUGAGUCAGCAUUGUGCCUGCCAGGGCCAGUUUAUUGCAUCUGGAUCACGACCCCUGUCUGGUUAUGCCGCAGACAUGGCUGGUCCCCAACUCCACCGGGUACCUGUGCUCCGGGUCUCUCACGUAGAGGACGAAGGCCAGGUGCCCCCCGAAGACGACGAACUCUCUGACUACUCUGAAUAUUCUGUAGAAGACUACCAGGAUCCUGAAGUCCCUUGGGAUGACGAUGACCCCUGCUCCCUGCCCCUGGACGAGGGCUCGUGCACCGCCUAUACCCUCCGCUGGUACCAUCGAGCUGUGCCAGGUGGCACAGCUUGUCACCCCUUUGUCUACGGCGGUUGCGAAGGGAAUGCCAACCGUUUUGGGACCCGUGAGGCCUGUGAGCGCCGUUGCCCACCACGGGGGAUCCAGGGCCAGAGAACAGGUGCUGCCUAAAGCUGAGGCCCAGAUGAUAAUGAUGAUGGUGAUGAUGGUGAUGAUGGUGACGGUCAGCGUCCCCUGGAGACAUCAGGGCUCAACAGGGCUCUCCUGUCUUCCACUUGGUGCUAGAGACCCACAUGCCCAUGAGCGAGUGUGUGUGUGUGUGUGUCCUGCGGGUCUAGCCUUCCCCCCAGAAUGGACAAACCCCUAUUGUGGCUCUUGCCUCCAUGACAGAUGACUCCUUGUGGGGGGCUGGAGGGAGGGGCUGUGGGCAGUGAACAGAUGUGACUCUGCCUGACCCAAGCCUGUGAUAUUAUGGU